AUGUCCAACGACAUUGCAAGGGUUUGGCUUCAAGGCGACGGGCAGCAUUGCGACAGCAAUACACCAGGAGCAGGAGCUAUCAAGCGAGCUUCGAAGCGAGUUGGCGAUGGAAACUUCUGGUACAAGCCGGAGAUGGCGAGCCGCGUCAGAGAAUUCUACAAGUCUUGCUCCGCCAGAUGCGCCAAGGGCGACUCGACUCUCGACAGCAUGUACUGCCAAGUUCGCAACCCCAUGGCGCUGUCGUUCCUUCAACAAGGAGGGUCCCAAGUGGUAUGCGAUGACAUCUCGCCCGGAAGGAGCGCCGUCAGUCGAUGUCCUGACGGCAUGUACAACGGGCUCUGCGAUGGUUCAGUCUAUCGCUACCGAAGGAGAAGAGGAGAGGAGGUAGAGGCCUGGUACACAUCAUGCAUGCAACAGCCGUCAGGGGGAGGGCGACAAGGCCAGCGAGUGUCGCGGCGGAAUCGGGUUCCUCCAACCAACUUGUAA